UGUUUAAAAUCAAAUUUAACUACCCCUGUUUGCCUUUCUCGUAGCGUAUGUAUUCGGCCAUGACUGGGACGAUGACGUCAGUGUGCCCGGAAGUAUUAACCUGCGCGCGCAACUUUCACUUUAUCAAAAUAACAGAACAUGGCUUCCAACAACAACUUCACCGAAAAUAUUGACAAUUCUGACUCAGAUUCUUCGUUUGGGGAUGAAUUUCCAGAAAAUAAUGGCAUUGGGUACGUUGGCUAUCGAUUUGAACAACAAGUAGGCAGUAGCGACGAGUUAAGUGAAAGUGAUGAGAGUGAAUCCGACGGCGAACCAGAGAUCGAAAUAGGAAAUCUGAGAAUGGACAAUUUAGAUUGGUGCAGUUGUAGUAACUGCAUCAUUAUGAGAACAGAGACUGAGAACAUCUGUUGCAGAGAGAUCCAGAAUGUGCUCACCAAGGAAGAAGAUGACAAUAUUGUGGAGGAAUGUAUAUGUGAGCACCCCAAGUUCAACACCCUGUGCCUGGAUAGAGAUGUGUUAUGUGUUGCAGCCAUUACUGUGUCUUCCAUGUUCCGGACUGAUUUGCCAAAUCCUCUGACAGAUAGAUUCUUUCGCUUAACUGCAUACAGACAAUUCACUCUAUGGAUACAUGGAAAAUUAGGCAGACAUAACAGGAGAACAAUUCCAUCUUGUGUGGUACGUCGUAUCAGGGACGUCUAUCCUCAUUUAGAAGAGGGUCAGGAACAGUUUACUGGAUUUUUAUUUCCUUAACUGGAUUUCAAACCAAGAAACACUAGAAAAGUGAAGUGAUGACUAAUGGACUAGCUUAUAAAAUGGUGUUGAGUGUUAAUAAUUUUCUUACAUAUUUCAAGCAGUAUAUCUAGACCAGAAGUUACAUAACUACUUAUUUACCACAUCAGACCUAUUAUUUUUGUUUACUUUGUUUGUGAAAUUUUGACAUUUUAACUUGAACACACUGUUUCGUGUAUGUUCUUGAUAUUUUUACUUGUAACAAUAAAAAAAGAUUUGUACAUUUAUUCUUUGGUUUGCAUACAAUCUUGGCAAGUAAAGAUCUAUUACCAACCCAUUUGCUUAAAGCAUACAAAAAUUACAUGGUGAUUAUUCUUCGGAAUAAAUGCUGCAGUACCCAUCCAUCAUCCUGAUCAAAGUUGUCUUAUACUUAAGAAGAACUGGACAAAAAAGACUUCAGAUUCUUUGUCUGCACUACUUAACAGUUUUAUAAAUACAGACGGCUUUUACAGUGUGAAGAACGGUUGGUACCGAACCUGGGAUUAGGUCGUAUUGCAACUUUCCUUCCAGCAUUUCAGCUCUCAUGUUUUUCUGGUAGCAUCUGCUGUUAAAAUGUUUAUGACAUAUCAAACUUCGCGAAGUUUUGAAGAGCAAAUCUAAUCUGCCAGCAUUGCUAAGCCAUUUCUUUCUCAAAGUCAUGUCUGAUUUACAACUUGGAACGGUAUGAGUUUUUAGAUCAGGCGUGCCUGAAACACU